CGAUAGAACGCUUGUUUCCUUCUUGUUGAUGAGGGAAGGACCGCUUUCCACGAAUCUCAGAGGAUGCUGCGGUUCUGUGCAGCCUGUGUUCCUUUCUGCUCGUCGAUGUGACCAUCAGAAGAAAUGGAGACGGCGUCGGCCGACCCGAACUCUCAGCAACAGCCUCGGCUGCGUGGAGCUUGAGUCCGGAGGAGGAUGAACAGACGGUGCUGAUCGCGUUGCUCCUCCUCGACGGACUUUUUCGAUUCGAAGAGUGUACCAAAAAAAAGAGAGACUUCAACCGGAAACCCAACUUUUUUUUCUUCUUCGAACUUUUUUUCUUCUUCCUCUAAAUCAAAAGAGGAAAAAAAGCGAUUGAGACGACCCUUGGUGUCAUAUACUGCACGGGUCCUUGUUGUCUUCACUUGUUGUGUACGCCCGCUGUGGGAUAUGUGUCCGCUGCCGACCAACGGGGGACAAGUGAACUGUUUCUGGCGAGGAUAAGGGCGACAGUCGAGGGACUUUUUUUUUUAGGGCUCCACUCACAUAACGGAUUUUGGUCCAUCAUGGAAGAUGGUGCAAAAGAGGACCCAGCCCAGAGUAAAGAGCCAACGUUCCUGGGUAAGGCUGGCUGGGUGAAGAAGGCCCCCAGCAGGCUGUUGGCAAGCUACAAGGACCGCUUCGUCCAUGUGGAGAAGACGGAGAUUGUGGUCUAUGAAAAUGAGAACCAGCAGAACUGCUUAGAGAGGCUGGACCUGGAAAACUAUGAUAAAUGUCAUGAAUUAAAGAGCCCCUUCAAGAAGAAGCACAGGCUGAUACUGAUCCGAUCACAUAAGCCUGGAAACAAGGUCCAUGAUGUGAAGUUCCAAGCGCAGACGGCUGAGGAGAAGGAGGCCUGGAUUAAAGCGCUGAUUGAUGGCAUCAAUCGAGCAAAGAACAAAAUCUUCGAUGAGGUCACAGUUGAUGAAAGCAUUAACUUAGAGCAUGUUACUCGAACGAGGCCCAAAGGGAACCGGAACCGGCGGCCACCGACCAGGAUACACAUGAAAGAGAUAGCUGAUGUGUCAUCUGAUGGAAUUCUGCGUUUGGAUCUCGAUCUUGAGAAUGCCAGAAUGCCUAAUGGGACCCAUCGUGCCCAAAUUGAUGGCACUGAAACCCCCAAAGAGGCCAUCAAAGCGCCAACCCCUCCGUCCAAUGCCAGUGAAUCUGCAGAGAAACAGACUGCUGAGGAGGAGGCUCCGACUGAGCCACAGGUCAGCCCCCAGAGAAAGGUCAUCAAACCUCCAAUGCCCCCGACAAAAGAGGCAAAAUCCUGUUCAACACCUGAGGAUGAACCAGACAAGGAUGAUGGUGCAGUGAACAAGGUCCUCAAGCCGCCAAUGCCGCCAUCUAAAGAAGCCAAGCCGUGUGCUUCACAUGUUGAGGAUACCACAGAAGAGGUCAAAGAUAAGAAGGUGGAGAAGAGUCCCGAUGCCAGGAAAAAGACAGGUCCACCGCCAAGCCCUCCCAACAAACCCAACUCCAGCGACUCCUUAAGCAACCUUACAGAGGCCUCACAGUCCAGGCCAAAGUCCCACCCUCCAACCCCUCCAUCCAAAAAGAGGAAACCCUUCAAUCCUGCUGUGGAGCCAGACCAAGAGGCUCGAGGCGGUAAGGAAGAAGGUGGUGAGGAAGAAGGCGGUGAGGAAGAAGGUGGUGAGGAACAAGGCGGUGAGGGGGAGGUGGCAGAAACAACUGCAGAAACCAAUGAAGUAGACCAGUCGAUAGCGAAAGAAGCUCUACCUAGUGUCAGAGAUGAUGAACCUGAGAGUCCCGACACAGAAGGACAGGUAUCUGAAGAGGAAUCAGAGGAGACUAUGGGUAGUGACGAAAGCAAAGCAUCCGACAAUGAGCCCCAGAUACCCAUAGAGACACUCGGGAGGAGCCCCAGUCCUCUUCUGCUCCACGAGAAAAAGAUGAAUGAGGGACAGGACGCUACUGAGUUACUGACAACAGGCUCAGAUGCCUCAGCCAGUUGUCCUGCAGCAGACGAGGCACAACCCAAGAGCCAAGUCCCCUCGGUGCUCGUCUAUUUGAACGACCCGGUCAGCGACAGCCUCCGCCUGAGUCCGCUGCUCUGUCACUUUCCCGGGGAGAAGAAAAAGAAGACGGAGGAGAAAUCUGUAGACAGCGGUCAGCACUCAGACGUGGACAGCGAGGGCUUUGGGAGCGAAGACACACUGGUGGCGUCCGCGGCUGCGUCGAGAGGAAGCCACGCCGGUCGGGAUGUGUUGGACGCCAGCGAGGACGACAUUCAGAUCCCCGUUAGUUCAAGGCCGAUAAAGGCCCCACCCAAGCCUCAGGUCAGACCAAAGGUCAGACCAAAGGUCGUCCCAGGUCGGCGCUCGGGGCCCACUCUGCCUCUCAAGCCCUCAACCAAGGCCAGGUCAACCUCCAUUGGAGAUCUGCUGUCUGACUCUUCAGUCCGUGUUGAGGCGGGACAGCACACCAGCGCUGCAGCCGGCGGCGACGACUUCAUGAAGCUUGAGACCGAAGUGGCGCUUGAGAUGAAGAAGACGAGGGAGCUCCUGAGCAGAGUGUCCCAGCUGCAGAGAGGAGGUGACGAGGAGGGCAAGACCGAGGAUCUGCUGGCCAAAGCCAUGGCUAAGCUGAAGAAGGCCGACCAUGUCCUGAAAGAAGUCAAGAAACUGAAAAUUGCACACAACUUGAGCAACAGGAAGAGCUGGUGAAUGUCAGUCACAGAAGAUUGAAUUGACCAAUUCACUUAAUCGCUCUCCUGGACAGUGGUUGUCCAGUCUUAGCUUAGCAACCUCUAAUCGGCACAGCAAGCCUGUCGAGCUUCGGAUUCCUCCACAGAGACUAAUGUAUGAUUUGCAUGAGGCUGAAGUAAAAGUGAGAUUCGUUAUUGCCUUUCUAAAACUAAAAUCAUGACAAACAAGUAAUAAAUAGAUUCAAGAGGGCGUUUGUCCGCUCUAAUGUCGACUGCAACAUCCGUGACAUUCAUGCCGUACGUAUGCACACUCAACUUUUGUUUCACAGAAGGAAAAGCUGAGUGGAUUUUGCUAUAAAUAUAUGAGGCCAUGGAUUUUCUUGUAAUUGGUUUGCAUACAUCGUAAAAUAGGCGUUUUUCCGAUUGGUCUCGACAUUGAAGUAAAAAAAUUAAUAGAAAGCCUUCAAAGUAGAGGACACACACUCCUGAGGGCGGGAGAGAUGCGUAGAUCUCACCAGGCUGAGCUUGAGUCAUAAGCAGCGUCAACGGCGUUUAUGACAUUGCUCUCGACACCAGAGGAGGGAGACAAAAGUUCCGCACUUAAAACGGAGACAUCAUCAGCAUGUGGAGACGAGGACUCAUUCUUGCAGGAUGCUAUUGACUGAAACUUGGGGAGCAUGACUCAUUUUAAAUGGCUAGCUCAUAAUUACCUAAGUGCAAUUAUUUGUAGUUUAACUUUCUCUGCUUGCCGCUCUACUGUGUACAUAUCAGUUGUUGUUUUUAAUGUGAAAUAUCUGACAUUUUCAAGAACAAGUACUUGAAAAUGAAUUAGAGAAUUAAUAAUAUAAUGACAAAGUAGCACUGUCAAUACAUUGUGAACAUGCAACAAAAAAAGUACAACAAAGUGUUAAUACGAAAUGACACAAUUGUUUUAAUAGAUUCUUCUUCUUUGUGGAUUAAAUGGGAUUUUCAUCCUAUUUUCAGAUACGAUGUUUCCGCAGUUUAUUAGAGAUCCAUAUUGUAUAUACUUAAUGCUUCUCUUACAGCAUGUGCUGUUCAUUGUUACAUGAGGAGAGAUGUACCAACCUAGCUCAGGAGAUCUCUGAAAUUCAUAUUUUCAGACUAAUCAUGUGAUUAAAGCAAAAUUAAGUACUGAUAAUUCAAACACAUUAUUAUUAUUGAUAAUGUUUUCACACUGAUAUUGCACAUAACACCAAACAAAGAGCUUGUAGCAGCCUUUUUGGCUCUCACUAACCCCUGUUAGUUUAUUUUCACAUUCAUUUGAAUCAUGAAUGAGAAUUCCCCCUAUUUGUGUCCAAUAAUUUGAUAAUACAUCUAUGAUGGUAGUGUUUAAGACUAUUUAAAAUAUGUCAUGCCUUUCAGAUUAUGAAAGAAAAUGUUCUAACCUUAGAUAUUGUACUCUUUUGAUACAAUUUGCGAUUGCCCAAAUAAACAAAGGAAAACUAUC